UGGAAGGAAGCUAUUGUGGUCUCCUCUUCUUCCCCAAGUACAAGUAUGGCUGUAGAGCUAUGGCAAACACUGGAAGAUUCUGUCACAGCUCUCUCUCCGGCAAUUUCUUUUACACUAUGUUGUCUCGGAGUUUUUUGGUUCACCAGAUCGUGCUCACCACCAGAGAUUUCGUGGAACAGAUGCAACCUCCAUUUCAGCUUGGAGAGAUUUCUGAAGAGGAAUUGGAGCAGUAUGAUUCAAAGAAGAUGGCAAUCAAGGGUCAGAUCAAUCACAUUUCUCAGAGCAGGAGUUUAGGAGAUUGAAGCUUUAUGAUGGAAUUUCAAAAAAAAAGAAAGAUUGAAGCUGUUGUUAUGGAAAAAGGAGAUUCUCCGGUAAGGAGAUGGGAGGACCUUGAUAUUAAUAUCUUGGUGACGAUACUCCUGUCCUUUGACCUUUUCCAGUUGAUAUAUGCAAUUCCUCAAGUUUGUCGUGCAUGGCGAUUGGCUUGUUGUGAUCCACUUCUCUGGAAAACGCUGGACUUGUCCGUGUUGCAAUCGAAUUUCAUCAGACUCCCAUUGAAGCCAUACGUAUAUGUCGACAGUCCGUCUGAAAAAAAAUUAACCGGACUCCUAAAUAUUUGCUUGAACCUCAGUCGUGGAAACAUACAAACAUUGAUCUUCCAUACCAAUUUGUAUGUUAACGACAAUCAGUUGACUUUUGCUGCCGAGAGGUGUCCACGGCUUAAACGCCUAGUUAUGCCUUCUUGGAACAAAAUUAAAAAGCGAACAAUGUGCAGGGCUAUUCAUAAAUGGAAAGAUCUUGAAUCACUAACGAUGCCAAGUAUAAAUAAUCCUGCACGUGUCAUCGAGGAAAUUGGCAGGAGUUGCCAAAAUUUUUCCGUGCUCAAAAUUAUGGGGACCUAUGAUAUGCUGUUUGCAUCUGCACUGGCUUCAUUUCUUCCAAACUUGGAAGUAUUGAGUGUGAGGUGCACGGUGUUAUCUAAACCUGCUCUGGCUAUUAUCUUGGAGGAGUUGAAAAAGUUGAAAGUGCUCAACAUAUCUCAUUGCAUAAUUACCGAAGACCCUGAAGAUCCUCCACUUGAACCGAUGAAUAUUCUGACCGAGCCGGAUGAAUCAAUUCUUGAAAAAGCGUCUAGGUUAGACAAAUUCCUAACCUGCAUAAGUGACUCAUGCAUCAUGUGUCAGCGUGCUCUAAAUGAUCAAGGGUUUAUGAGGUGGUAUAAGUAUGAAGAAGACCUCUGGAAAGUGGAUGAGGUGAAAUCUCUUGCAGUUUGACAACUUUUAAGAAGAUAUUGCUUCAUGAGCUGAAGGUCUGGAGUAAAUGUGGAAGCUUGUGUAGGUUUCAUGUUCUCUGUGUUUCUAUGAACUUGUGCUUUUCGUUUCUGUGUUUUCGUAGUACACAGUGAAUUCUUUACCCAGUUUUAUAUGUAUUGCCAAGCAUAGUAAGCUUAUACUUUGUUUUGCUAAGCUUUUGGGAUGCUAAACGUGUUUAUUUUCUCAUUAAUAAGGUGAGAUAUUUGGUUAAACUAUGGGAGAAAAUAAAUGUCUUUGAAAUUAGCAA